CCUCCCGCCUCAGUUCGCGCCGCGCCUCGGCUUCGAGCGCAGCGGCGCCGGCUCCCGGAGCCCAGCGGCGCGCACCGCCUGCGGCCGCGCCGGCGAUGCGGGGCCGCCCCGCGCCCGCCCCAGUCCCGGCCCCGGCCCCCGCGGGAAGGGGCUGAGCCGCUGCCGCACGGAUGGCGAACCUCGCCGCGCUCGCCUUCAGCCUGCUCCUGCGGCUGCAGCUGCCGCCGCUGCCCGGCGCCCGGGCGCAGAGCGCCGCAGGUGGCUGUUCCUUUGAUGAGCACUACAGCAACUGUGGUUAUAGCGUGGCCCUGGGGACCAGUGGGUUUACCUGGGAGCAGAUUAACACAUGGGAGAAACCAAUGCUGGACCCAGCGGUACCUACAGGAUCCUUCAUGAUGGUGAACAGCUCUGGGAGGGCCUCUGGCCAGAAGGCCCACCUUCUCCUGCCGACCCUCAAGGAGAACGACACCCACUGCAUUGAUUUCCAUUACUACUUCUCCAGCCGCGACCGGUCCAGCCCAGGGGCCCUAAAUGUCUAUGUGAAGGUGAACGGUGGACCCCAGGGAAACCCCGUCUGGAACGUGUCUGGGGUGGUCACCGAGGGCUGGGUGAAGGCAGAGCUUGCCAUCAGCACCUUCUGGCCACAUUUCUACCAGGUGAUAUUUGAAUCCGUCUCUCUGAAGGGCCAUCCUGGCUACAUCGCUGUGGACGAGGUUCGGGUCCUUGCCCAUCCAUGCAGAAAAGCACCUCAUUUUCUGCGGCUCCAAAAUGUUGAAGUGAACGUGGGGCAGAACGCCACAUUUCAGUGCAUUGCUGGCGGAAAGUGGUCUCAGCAUGACAAACUUUGGCUCCAGCAAUGGAAUGGAAGGGACACGGCCCUCAUGGUUACCCGUGUGGUCAACCACAGGCGUUUCUCUGCAACAGUCAGUGUGGCAGACACGACCCAGCGGAGCGUGAGCAAGUAUCGCUGUGUGAUCCGCUCUGACGGCGGCUCCGGUGUGUCCAACUAUGCCGAGCUGAUCGUGAAAGAGCCUCCCACGCCCAUCGCCCCUCCGGAGCUGCUGGCCGUGGGGGCCACCUACCUGUGGAUCAAGCCAAAUGCCAACUCCAUCAUUGGAGAUGGCCCCAUCAUCCUGAAGGAGGUGGAGUACCGCACGACCACGGGCACCUGGGCGGAGACCCACAUCGUCGACUCUCCCAACUAUAAGCUGUGGCAUCUGGACCCCGAUGUGGAGUAUGAGAUCCGAGUGCUGCUCACACGACCAGGGGAAGGGGGCACGGGACCACCAGGGCCUCCCCUCACCACCAGAACCAAGUGUGCAGACCCGGUGCACGGCCCACAGAACGUGGAGAUCGUGGACAUCCGAGCCCGGCAGCUGACCCUGCAGUGGGAGCCCUUUGGCUACGCGGUAACCCGCUGCCACAGCUACAACCUCACAGUGCAGUACCAGUACGUGUUCAACCAGCAGCAGUACGAGGCCGAGGAGCUCAUCCAGACCUCCUCCCACUACACCCUGCGGGGCCUGCGUCCCUUCAUGACCAUCCGGCUGCGGCUGCUGCUGUCCAACCCCGAAGGCCGGAUGGAGAGCGAGGAGCUGGUGGUGCAGACGGAGGAGGAUGUUCCAGGAGCUGUUCCUCUAGAAUCCAUCCAAGGGGGCCCAUUUGAGGAGAAGAUCUACAUCCAGUGGAAACCUCCCAAUGAGACCAAUGGGGUCAUCACACUCUAUGAGAUCAACUACAAGGCCGUGGGCUCAUUGGACCCGAGUGCUGACCUCUCCAGCCAGAGGGGCAAAGUGUUCAAGCUUCGGAAUGAAACCCACCACCUCUUUGUGGGUCUGUACCCUGGAACCACCUACUCCUUCACCAUCAAGGCCAGCACUGCGAAGGGCUUUGGACCGCCCGUCACCACCAGGAUUGCCACCAAAAUUUCAGCUCCGUCAAUGCCUGAAUACGACACAGACACCCCACUGAAUGAAACAGACACGACCAUCACGGUGAUGCUGAAGCCUGCUCAGUCUCGGGGAGCCCCUGUCAGUGUUUAUCAGCUGGUUGUCAAGGAGGAGCGACUUCAGAAGUCACGGAGGGCAGCUGACAUCAUCGAGUGCUUUUCAGUGCCCGUGAGCUACAGGAACGCCUCCAGCCUUGACUCUCUACACUACUUUGCUGCCGAAUUGAAGCCUGCCAACCUGCCUGUCACCCAGCCAUUUACAGUGGGUGACAACAAGACAUACAAUGGCUACUGGAACCCUCCUCUUUCCCCUCUGAAAAGCUACAGCAUCUACUUCCAGGCCCUCAGCAAAGCAAACGGAGAAACCAAAAUCAAUUGUGUCCGUCUGGCUACAAAAGCACCAAUGGGCAGCGCCCAGGUGACCCCGGGGACUCCACUCUGCCUCCUCACCACAGGUGCAUCCACUCAGAACUCCAACACUGUGGAGCCAGAGAAGCAGGUGGACAACACCGUGAAGAUGGCCGGCGUGAUCGCCGGCCUCCUCAUGUUCACCAUCAUCCUCCUGGGCGUGAUGCUCACCAUCAAGAGGAGAAGAAAUGCUUAUUCCUACUCCUAUUACUUGAAGCUGGCCAAGAAGCAGAAGGAGACCCAGAGUGGAGCACAGAGGGAAAUGGGGCCCGUGGCCUCGGCCGACAAACCCACUGCCAAGCUCAGCUCCAGCCGCAAUGAUGAAGGCUUCUCCUCUAGCUCACAGGAUGUGAAUGGAUUCGCAGAUGGCAGCCGCGGGGAGCUGGCGCAGCCCACCCUCACGAUCCAGACUCACCCCUACCGAGCCUGCGACCCCGUGGAGAUGAGCUAUCCCCGAGACCAGUUCCAGCCCGCCAUCCGGGUGGCUGACCUGCUCCAGCACAUCACCCAGAUGAAGAGGGGCCAAGGCUACGGGUUCAAGGAGGAGUAUGAGGCCUUACCAGAGGGACAGACAGCUUCGUGGGACACAGCCAAAGAGGAUGAAAACCGCAACAAGAAUCGAUACGGCAACAUCAUAUCCUACGACCAUUCUCGAGUGAGACUGCUGGUGCUGGAUGGAGACCCACACUCCGACUAUAUCAACGCCAACUACAUUGAUGGGUACCAUCGACCUCGGCACUACAUCGCAACUCAAGGUCCCAUGCAGGAGACCGUAAAGGACUUCUGGAGAAUGAUCUGGCAGGAGAACUCGGCCAGCAUCGUCAUGGUCACAAACCUCGUGGAAGUGGGCAGGGUGAAGUGUGUGCGCUACUGGCCUGAUGACACAGAAGUCUACGGAGACAUCAAAGUCACCCUGAUCGAAACAGAGCCCCUGGCAGAGUACGUCAUCCGCACCUUCACCGUCCAGAAGAAAGGCUACCACGAGAUCCGGGAGCUCCGGCUCUUCCACUUCACCAGCUGGCCCGACCACGGCGUCCCCUGCUACGCCACCGGCCUCCUGGGCUUCGUCCGCCAGGUCAAGUUCCUCAACCCCCCGGAAGCCGGGCCCAUAGUGGUCCACUGCAGCGCUGGAGCCGGAAGGACCGGCUGCUUCAUCGCCAUCGACACCAUGCUCGACAUGGCCGAGAAUGAAGGGGUGGUGGACAUCUUCAACUGCGUGCGUGAGCUCCGGGCCCAGAGGGUCAACCUGGUGCAGACGGAGGAACAGUAUGUGUUCGUGCACGACGCCAUCCUGGAAGCGUGUCUCUGCGGCAACACGGCCAUCCCGGUGUGCGAGUUCCGCUCGCUGUACUACAACAUCAGCAGGCUGGACCCCCAGACCAACUCCAGCCAGAUCAAAGACGAGUUUCAGACCCUCAACAUCGUGACUCCUCGUGUCCGGCCCGAGGACUGCAGCAUUGGACUGCUGCCCCGGAACCAUGAUAAGAAUCGGAGCAUGGACGUCCUGCCUCUGGACCGCUGCCUGCCCUUCCUCAUCUCAGUGGAUGGAGAAUCCAGCAACUACAUCAACGCCGCACUGAUGGACAGCCACAAGCAGCCUGCAGCCUUCGUGGUCACGCAGCACCCUCUCCCCAACACCGUGGCAGACUUCUGGAGGCUGGUGUUCGACUAUAACUGCUCCUCUGUGGUGAUGCUGAAUGAGCUGGACACUGCCCAGCUCUGCAUGCAGUACUGGCCUGAGAAGACGUCGGGGUGCUACGGGCCCAUCCAGGUGGAGUUCGUCUCGGCAGACAUCGAUGAAGACACCAUCCACAGGAUAUUCCGCAUCUGUAACAUGGCUCGGCCCCAGGACGGGUACCGUAUAGUCCAGCACCUCCAGUACAUCGGCUGGCCCGCCUACCGGGACACGCCCCCCUCCAAGCGCUCUCUGCUCAAGGUGGUCCGGCGGCUGGAGAAGUGGCAGGAGCAGUGUGAUGGGCGGGAGGGACGCGCUGUGGUCCACUGCCUGAACGGGGGAGGCCGCAGUGGAACCUUCUGCGCCAUCUGCAGUGUGUGUGAGAUGAUCCAGCAGCAGAACAUCAUCGACGUGUUCCACAUCGUGAAGACGUUACGGAACAACAAGGCUAACAUGGUGGAGACCCUGGACCAGUAUAAAUUUGUAUACGAGGUGGCGCUGGAAUAUUUAAGCUCCUUCUAGCCCGACGGGUCGGGGAACCUGCCAGAGUCCAGAGGCUGCUGCGGCCAAGCCCUCUUUCUGUGAACGGCAGCGACUGGGCUCAGGGGCAGCACCCUGCCCGACUCCAAGGAGAAGACUGGUGACCCUGUGGUCCACGGCGGGCUGGCACCUUCCCAGGGUCUCCGGGUGCCGUGGAGGCAGUUACCCCGACAGGCCCCGGCGUCUUUUGCAGAAGGGCACCCAGAGCAAGGCCCGGACUUUUCAGUGCCCAGACCUCUUGCUUUUGCUCUUUCCAGUCUGUGACUCUCAAGGCAAGCCGGCUGUGCAGGUGCAGGGGGAUGUGACUGGGCCCGUGGGGUCACCGCGCUGCUGCCCCCAUCAUCUCCUCCCGGAACCCCUGGCAUCAGACACCCGCCGGUCUGGAUCACUGGGACCGCGGGAUGCUCCCGAGUGCACAGCAGAGGCCCCUACCCUCCCGCCUCACCUGCAUGGAGCUUAGCCCAGCGCCAUUCUGUACCCCUCCCCCAGCCCGGGGCCUUGACCUUCUGCCACUCACCGGCCAGCCCUCAGUGUCCGUGGCUGUCCGGGAUCCAGGUUUUCUUGGCUUGCCUGUACUCGGUGGGGCAGGGUGGGACUGCAGGAGCCUGGCUGCCUUCCUCUGGACUGCCUCCCGGGGCAGGGCUCCGGCUGGCCCUGUGUGUCCUGGGCGGUGACUCCUCGGGGAGGGACGAACAAGAUUGAUGAUUUUCCAAAGUGUAUGUGAAAAGAAACUUUCUUUUGGAGGGUGUCAAGUCUUAGUCUCUGAUGUCAAAAACUGGUGGGGAGGGAAGUUCGGUUGUGUAGCUGUAAGACCAAUCUCUUGGGCCUGUUAUCUCCCUAGCAAGGUCCCCAAGAGGUCCCCCCACCCAGGGGCAGCACAGCGGCAAAGCAAGGGGAGUUUCGUUUGGGGCUGACAGAGGAGCAUACCCCAGAGCUCUGAAUUUGAAUGCCUGCCUAGCAACCCAGCUGCCAUCUCAGAAAAGGUCACUGUGGACCCAAUGAUACCCCGGUUUAAAACAGACCUCGGGGAUCAGGCCUGGGGAUCUUGCCCAAAGUGUGGGUCAGUCGAUGACAGGGAGCCGACUUUGACUAAGCAUCUAUUAUAUGCCAGACUUGGCACGUUCUUGGACCCCACCCCCACCCCACCCCAGGAGCUGUUCACCUGUGAUCAUCCUGAUUUUACAACUGAAGACACUGAGGCAUCUUCCUCAGGUUUCCAAAAGGCAGAUCAUAGGGUUAGACCUGUACCGUCAGCCUUUCAUAGCCAAGCAAUUAUUUUAUGGAGGGAAAAUAAGGCCAGAGACUUCUGAUCAGCGAACUCCACAAAUGGCAGUCUAGUUUUUUCUGAUGCCUGUGUUUCUGGGAAGCUCAGUUUCAGAUGUAUUUUAGUAACUCAUUCCCAGCUCCCCAGGACAGCUAGUCCCAUCUCAUACCCUGACCAGUGAAAACCGCUCCCUGGGCCCUCAGGCCAUGAGGUCUGUGAGCCAGGGACACUCUCUGUCUACCUGGGUCUCUAGCUGGUGCUCUGGUACAGUACCUGACAGCCCGGGGUGGCCUGGGAUCCAGGACGUGCCAUCCUGGAAGCUGGUCUGGCCCCAGACGGGGCAUGAGGAGCACAGGUUUCCCUCAGAGCUUACUGUAUCCUGGGGAAACAGAACCUAAAUGCAGCAUCAAGUGUUAUUCGAGCCUCACAGCAGGGCUUUCUAGAGGAGGUGACAUCCCUUCCACCACCGGGUAGAACAACCAAGAGAAGGAAAUUCAGGCCAAGAGAACGUGUGCAAAGACACAGAGGUGUGCAGAAUCCUUGGGGGUGGGUGAGAGGGCAGGAGGCGAGCCCAGUCGGAGCAGAGCCUGGCUGCGCUGGGGCAGGAGACAAGCCAGGGGGGAGGGAGCGGCGAGCCCCACCCGCAGGGCGGACUUGGCGCCUGUGGGCAGCAGGGGCCCGGGAGCUCUGAGUGGCGCACUCAGCCCGGUGGUGAGGAGGCCCCCUCUGGGGCCAGUGGGGCUGCCUCUCUUCCUUUCAUCAGACACUGUGAACACAUUCCCUUAAGCGUACACUUUUUAAUAUCACAUCUAUUUGUCUGUCUGCUCAUCGUCUGUUGCUGGAACAAAAUACACAGUACUUUCAGAGGCCCAGCUUCUGUGAAGAAAUCAGGAUCUCUGCUAUGUCACAGAGCAGGGGACCAAGCCAGACCCCGGGGCCCCGAGGACGGGACAUGGCAGGAGCUCACAGAAGCUGCUCCUGUUGGCACGGGCUCCGGGACUGUCUUGAAGCCCAGGGACCCCCGACUCGAUCAGGAAAGAAGCCCCGUCCCGAGCCUGCUCUCCCCUUUCGUGGCUGUGCCCUGGCCCCAGGCCCCCACCCACUGGGCCUGCCGGCCCACUGGCUCCAGCCUGCUGCUCCAGCCAGCCCUCCCCAGCCUUCCAGAAGCCUGUAGCACAGGAAGUCAGCCUGCUCCAUACUUCUCCCUCAGAUCCGGGGCUCAUCUGUGCAAAACAGGAGCCGGGGAGGGGGCUGGUCUCCAAUACAAAUAAGCCCUAGGAUUUAUUCUGCUCAGGAGGGGGUGAAAUUGCUGGCAGAUGAAAUGACAGUGGCUUCUAUCAUUUCAAAUGGUAGGAAUUUAGAAUGUGACUUUGGGGAGAAGGAAACUUGUGAAAAGCACAAAGCCUCGUGGUUCUCACCUCCUGGAUGUGGACCCUGUUUGGAGAAGAUGGAAGGAAUUAACGAGAAGCCAGGAACUGUCCCACCUGCAUGCAUGUCUGGCCUACACAUCUUCAAGUUGUAUCCUAGCUGUAGCCUAACUCGUUGUCCUCUCCUCCUUUCUGGUGUGAAGGUCCUGGGGCCAGGGGCUCUGAGCCUCCAGACGGUCACAGCAUGCCUCCCUUUGUGGGAAUGGGAGGCAUCAUCUUGCUUUUCCAUCUUCUCUUUGGAUGGAGCCCAAGUCGCGGCCUGCCUGCCGGGGAACACCCAUCCUGUGCAACCAGCAGACCCUGUGCUGGAGACUAAUGUGAGCUCACCCAGUUCUCCCAACACCCCUAAGACGUGCUUUCAACUGUCCCCACUUAACAGAUGAGGAGACUGAGGGGAGAAAUCACUUAUCCCCCAGCAUUCCACCACAGCUAGUAAAGGAGGGAGCCAGGGUUUAAAUUGGUUCUUUUAACUUCAAAGACAGUCUCUUUCCACUACUGUGUCUCAGAUUUUCCCAUGACAGGGUGCAGCGGGUGGGAGGGACCCUUAAGAGCCAAGACUGGAGUGAAGCAGGCCCAGUGGAUCUUGCAAAACCCAAAGCAGACAACAAUAAGCUCAAAACUCCUUCAUUUUCAUGUUUGACAAUUCACAUAGUAUUUGCAUUCUUCGCUAAUUUAGCCUGAUUUGACAAGAGUAUAUCAAUAUUUUUUUAACCACAUGUGCCUGAUCCCUCAUGUGGCUUUGCCCCCCUCCGCUCACUACGAUGGCCCUAGGGAGUGACCGCCCAGUCUGAGAGGCACAGUGCCUAGCCAUACUGCUCCCUCCUAAAGCCGAUGCCAGACUCAAGCUCAAGUCCAGCUCACCUACCCCCUGGCUCACCACCUGCCCCUGGUGUGGGGAUUCCCUGACCUCACUGUUCAUGGGCUGACCUCAGGUCUCCUUCAGUUGCAUACUAGAAAAAAGAAACCUUUGACAUCUACUAUAAUUACACAGACAUGCCCAUCUGGAAUGGCAAAGGCUGAGUCCAUAAAACCCUAAAGGGAAAGGAGAAGAUGACGCUGUCCUUCUCAGCAGACUCCUGAAUCCUGGGGCCUCUAGAAGGUGGUGCCCUCUGUCCACAUGGAGUUGCGUGAUUGCUAAUCUGGCCCAACCUAAGGACACACUUCAGACGAGGGGCAGGAAGCCUCCCUGUCCACAGACUCAAUGGGAUGUCAUACAGGGCGCUGGAGGGGGUGCCACCAGGAAGCGCAGUUUACUAUGGCACAGUCUCUCCCUUGGUGAGACGUGGGGUUAUGGUAGAAAGAGCUCAGUCUUCAGUUCUAAUCUAGCCCAGUCAUUUCCUGGCUUUAGAAUGUUGAACCAACUAAUCAGUGGGAAAAGAUGUGGAAAGAGAAGCCUCGGACAGGCAGAAGUAGGCAGAUUUGGGGAUCUUUGGGUAGGAAAACAGGAAGGCAAAGCCAAGACAUUAGGACCCAACAGGAAUCCUCAAAACCAAGAAUGCAUAGGGUCUACUGGGCAAAGUGGUCACCUCUGUGACACAGUAGAACAGGGAAUAGGGAGGGACUGGGCAGAACCACUUGGAACAAGGAUGUUGCUUUAGAACAAGUCUCUCUCUGGGAGAAAAGAUGAUUAAUUCUCCCUGUGACUGAUCAACUGUGUCCAUUCAUCACUGGGUCCCCGCUGUAAGCUAGCUCUUUGGUGUAUGUCCUUACCGUGAUCCACAUUUCCUCAGGACAGUGUGAAUACCUGUUGUGUGCAGAGGGGUCAGUCUAGCAAGGAUGCUGCAGACAGAAGUGAGGCACAGGGAGGAGCAAACAGGAGCAUAUCAGGUCAUCUUUGCAGGAAUAACUGCCCAGCCCAGAUCCAGUGACACGGAAGGAGAUGGUAGUUCCCCUGAACCUCAUUGCCUUAGAACAGGAUGAAGAAAACCACCUUCCUUUAGCCUGCAUCUGGCCUCUCCUGGGGCAUCAGCAGCAAGCUGAGUCAGGAGUAAUGCCCUGGAAAACACGGGAGAGCCCAAGGGUAAGAUGAGCUCAGUGCUAAUCCUGAACCAUAAAGCCAACACACUGUGCUGGGCCAAGAUCCCUGGGGGUGGAUGGUCAACCGAAGCCACAGGGAGGAAGAUGAGACAUGAGUCUCAUGGAUGGCCCUGACUUGCCUUCCCCCCCAUCAUCUAACUAGUCUGAGCUCCUUCUCAACCAGUGAUGCCAGCUCCAAAUCACAGCCAGGCACGACAGGGAAGUGAGCAAUGCGAAUCCAGCUGGAGGGAACCAGCUGAGACUCAGCCUUGCUUCUAGGUCCCCAUGCAAGGGUUCCAUGUUGGAGUUGUCCACAAAGACGCGCCUUGCAGUGAUAAAAUGCAAGCUGUGGCUUCAUCUAGCCAGGAUCUGCCUUUGAAGAACAGGAAGGAGAGACUUCAGUGGCAGAGAGCAGAGGGGGCUCCAGUGUCUCAGAACCGUGGAUAUGAUCCUCAGAAGCAGAGAGAGAUGUCUAAGCCAUAUCUGCGCACUUGCGUGCACUCUUCUCGUUUCCUGGGGACCAGAGGUAGGUUUUCGUGUGACUCUGGCUGGUGUACGAUACUUGCAUAGAGACCAUCCCUCCCACCUACCUCCAGAAGACGUGGGAAGGGUCAGAGGGGCCACGUGCACUCCCUCAAAUCCACCCAUGAGAGGUCCCCAAGACGCAAAGUCAGCGCCCAUAAUGGGAGACCACAGACUUCACAUCCUAGUUAUCGAGAUUGAGGUAGUCACUGCGGCUGACGCAAAGGUGUAGGGCUCAGAAUGGACAUACUAUAGGAAAAGGCUGCUGGGGCUGGGUUACCGUGAACUUCCACAGGUGUCUAAGAGCUGUUCUGAGCAGUGGAAUUUGGACCCUGGUUCUUGGUAGAAAUUCCCAGAGAAUGACAGUCUGGGGUCCUUGGAGUGUUGGAAGGAUGCUAUCGGCAUGAAUGCCUGGAGCUCAAGGUAAUUAAUUUAUGGUUCCUUGGUGGGUGAGAUGCUUAGAAUCAGAGGAGGAAAGGGAAUAUGAAGCAACCUGUCAAAAUUGCAAAACUGAGUUUCUGUACACUUACUUCAGUGCCUUUGCACUUGUGAAUAUAAACCAGUGGGCCCGCUUUGUGAUGGUGCCCCCAUCUCUCCUGUGGAAGAGUAAUGGUGUAAGGUGUUCUUCGGACCAAAGCUUCCAGGGCAGUCUGAAGGCUCAGAGGGACAGAGGGGUGACUUCCCAGGUCAGAGCAGACUUCUGACGGGUCAGGCAGAAUACCAGUGCCCACACCCUCCACAGGCCUGCAGAUAAAUCCUCAUGGUCACUCCCAUGAGUGGAACCAGGACCAAUGGGUGAAACUUCAUAGCUCUAAGAGAGGACUUGCCAUCUGCCAGAGAAGCUGGGCUGCCCCAUCUUAGCAGCUGUCCAGCAAAAGCCAGAUGUCCUUUUAAAGGGAAGAAGGAGCUUUGCUGAGAUGGCCUUUAGGUUUCUUCCCCCAAGAUGAGUGAGAUGCUACAGAGCUGGGACCUUGCUGGAACGCCUUCCUUCCUGCAGAGCACAAAGCCAAACAGGUUGUGCUCACUUAUGUGAGCUAAAGCCCCCAGUCCCCUGCUGCCCCCCCCCCACACCACACGGGCCGAGAGGCUGCUCUGGCCACACAUCCAGGCUGGGUAUGACCAAUGAGAGUAUACCCAGAGACAGCUGCUGUGCCACAGAGCCCAUGCCCACCAAGAUCUCUGAUGAGACCAGUCACAGUGUAGACCCACUGGCCCACAGGGCCAUCACUGACAGCAGAAUCAGUAAAGGUCCAAGCAGGACCCAGAGCAGGGCUUUGCGUACCAUACACCUUAACUCCAGAGGUGACGUCUACACCCCUCCCCAUACCUGAGACCUGCUAGAGCGGACUGCAAAAGCAAAAGCACAGUGGCUCAUCCCCAGUAUGUCCAUUUCAUUGCCAGACAGACCCUGAACUAGCCCAGGCUACCCCACACUGGCGAUCAGACUCGAAAGCACUUUCUACCUUCCCUUCCACCCUACAUCUCACCAGCCAAUGAAAGGCAGAGAGUCGGGGCAUCUGCCAUUGCCUUGGCUACUGGACACCAUCGUAGCCCUAGAAGGGCCAUCACGGGGUUCCCAUCAGCUCCAGGGAGACAGACGUUUCCACGUCCACUGGGCGCAUGACACCGCACGAGACCGAAGUCUCCACACUGUCGGCAGCCUCCUCCGUGAGUCCCAGCGGCCUGCACUUGUACAGUUUGGGUGUUUGAUAGAUAAAGCACGUAUGAGAAGAGAAAACAAAAUAAAUCAACUUAAAAAAAAAAGCCAGCACUGUACUGUCAAUGUUCUUUUUUUUUUUUUUUCCUUUCCAAUUCUAGCUUAAAAAAGCAGAAGGUAAAUAAUGUCAGGUCAAUGAAUAUCAGAUAUAUUUUUUGACUGUACAUUACAGUGAAGUGUAAUCUUUUUACACCUGCAAGUCCAUCUUAUUUAUUCUUGUAAAUGUUCCCUGACGAUGUUUGUAAUAUGGCUGUGUUGAAAAUCUAUACAAUAAAGCUGUGACCCUGAGAUUCCUGUUUUCC